AUGACGUCAUUGCUAUACUUGAUUCAAUUCAAUCGUUUUAUUCGGGGUUCUCUCACCUUCACAAAAGCAAUCAUAUCCAAACUCAUCACCGUUUUCGGUGCAACCGGUCAACAAGGCGGCUCCGUGAUCCGAACUAUACUACAAUAUGAGACUCUAUCCAAAGAGUUCAAGGUCCGUGGUAUUACUCGCGAUACCUCGAAGCCGGAGGCUCAGGCCCUUCUAGAGCAAGGAAUUGAACUUGUCUCGGCUGACAUGUCCUCCAAAGACUCCCUACUAAAAGCCAUCCAAGGAAGUCACACCGUCUUCCUAGUCACAACACCAGCCUGGGGCCCCGUCGGAUCCGAUUCCGAGCUCGUCCACGGCAAAAAUGUCGCCGAUGUCGCCAAGGAGACCGGCGAAACCGGUGGUCGACUCAAGCAUGUGCCCCAUUUUGACCAGAAGGCGCAUGUUGAGGGGUAUAUCCUGGAAAUUGGAGUACCGGCUAUGUUUGUUUUGCCGGUGUAUUUUAUGAAUAGUUAUACGCAGAUUCCGUUAUUAAGGGAGGGUGAGGAUGGUGUUUAUACGCUGGCUUAUCCUAUUGGUGAGGGUGCGAGGUUUCCGCUCGUUGAUAUUGUUAGGGAUAUGGGUAAAUUCGUCGCAGCAGCCCUGAAAAAUCGUUCCGAGACACUCGGUACUCAAAUCCUCUCGGCAGCAGACUACUACACCCCCACUCGCAUUCUCGCCGAGUUUGAGGAGGUCACCGGAAAGAAGACCCGAUUUGUGCAGGUUGAUUCUGAAACUUAUAAGAAUUUUAUGCCUGGGCUGAUGGGUGAGGAGAAGUUGGAGAAUCAUCUGUUCAUUGAGAGGUCCGGAUAUUACGGUGGUCGGAGUUUGAAGGAGAGUCAUGAUCUGCUUGGAAAGGCUGGUUUCAAGACUUCGAGUUGGAAGGAUUUCUUGCUGGAGAAGACAUCUUUGUUCUAG